GAAUGGCGGACGCUGGGUGGGAAGCUGGCGAAGUUCAGUGGUAUUGUCUUGUACGGGACAUUUUCUGUUGAUUUAACAUGAGGAACUUCUUUUUUGUGGGAUUUUUUUUCCAAGUUUGCAUUUGCAACCCAGAACCUGCACUGUAUUCUUCAGAGGAACUGGAAAUCUACAAGUUAUUUUUUAAGCCGUAUGGAAUCAACUUCAAAAGUGAUCUCAUCUCGAAAACUUCAAUAGAUUUUAGCAACUGUACGGAUCUGAGAGAAGCCUAUGAAAAAUGCAGUAGUAUUUCUUCCAGCCUCCCAAAGCUUCAGUAUUCGUUAAUCAGAUGUCCCAGUGGCAGUUAUAAUUGUUUCCAUAAUUACACACUGAAUUUAGAUAAAAAUUUCAGGGCAUCGCUUAGGAAAGUACAGACUACGGUGGGAAAUUUGUGCAAAGAGCAGUGCUGGAAAACAGUGCAGCUUGUCACAUACAAGUGCAUUUUGACAGGAAAAUCAGCGAUAAAGGAAAGUGAUCAAAAAUACAUCAGGUUUGUGAAUGAAGUUCUCAAGUCCCUUUGUAGCCAGCAGGAUGGACAUUCAUGUGCUGAUAACUUUAUUAAUGGAUUAUUGAAGAAUGAAACAGGCAGUUCAAUCCAGAGUUGUGAUGUUACCACAAGUUUAAAGAAAAAUAUAUGUUCCAGCCAGUGUUAUAAGGAUGUGGGGAACUUUUAUAACACCCUGAAAUGCUGUGUGGGGUCAGUUUUGAACAUCAUGGAUUGCCACAGAAUCAAGCCAGAGAACAACAGUUAUGGGGUUUUUGUAAAAGAAGGGAAAAGGUGUAACAUACACAAAAUACCACCAGCUUGUGGAGGAAAUCCCCAGUGCUCAUUGACAUCUCCAAACAAACCCACCUCACCUCCAGCGACAAAUUCAUUUGAAGGGAAACAGAUUGCAGGUGCUGUUAUUGCUGUAUUGAUCUGUUCUGUUGGAGUGGCAAUUGUUGGAAACUACUUUUACAGGCGCAUGAAGAGAAAGCAAGCAAUUCGCUUUGAAGAUUAUGGCUACUCAAGACUCAAGAUGCUUGAGGAUGAUUUUUACCACGAUGUUGAGGAUGAUGAUGAUGAAAACUCAGGAUUAGUCUAGAUGUAGCACUGCAGUUUCCCUAACACAAAAAAAUUCUUGAAAAUGUUUGUCUGUGAAACAGAAUUAGAUACAAGUCUCAAGGAUCCUUGAUAACUUUAGAGUGUGUUGAUGUAAUUAAGUUCUAGUUGUGAAGUUUUGAUACAACUAAAACGUUUUUGUAUAGAAAUAAUGGUGGUUUUGCUCUACUGAACUUCACAGCUGCUAAAUCUUGAGAGUAUAUUCUCAGACCACUUUAGUAAAGUUUUGUAUUUUUAUAAAUAGACGGUAUAAUGUAACUAUAAAGAUUUACACUUAUAUUUCUUCAUAUGCAGGGCAAAAUAAUCUAAGGAAAUGGUUUUUUUAUUGAUCUAGAACAUGUAUUGAAAUUGCUUGCAGUUAUAAAACCAAGAAACAAACUGGAAGGCUUAGAAAAGUAAUUAUUGAUUAUUUCGUCAGCUUGUUUAUUUAGUUUGUGUGGAAAGCAAGCAACAUGUGGAAUAAAAUUUUGUUAAGAUAUA